AGAUGCUUUUAGUGAGCCAAAAAGUCUUGUACAACCACUUUAACUUAAAAAAAAAAAAUUCUUGACUCGUGAGCAACGUUAAAAUUUGGGUUGCCUUUUGGUGGGUUCCGCGUGUGUUCUACGAAAAUGGGAUGAGUGUAAAGAAUUAGAGAACCGAGAGAGAUGGAAUUUAUGAAACCAAAAGCUGCUCGUGUUUUGCCGCCGAUGAUGUCUAACAAUAGUCACAGCGUCAACAUCAUCUGCGAGGAAUCCGUACAGUAUUCUCUUGUCAGCCACCUCUCCGCGGCUUUAAGACGGGAAGGCAUCUCUGUGUUCGUGGACUCAUGCGGCUUUCAGGAAACCAAACCCUUCUCUGUUGAACAGAAUCAAGCGGUGACAGAUGGGGCUAGGGUUUCUGUGGUGGUUAUUUCCAAUAUGGUGGAGUUAUUCGAUCCUUGGGUUCUUAAGUUCUUAAAAGUUAUCAAGCGGCGGAGGAACAGCGGCCACAUGGUGGUUCCAGUCUUCUACGGCGUUGAUCCAUUGAACCGGGUUUACGGGUGGGCCAAUAGAAGGCUGGAGGCCGAGAAACUAACAAGCCACCAAUCAAGGUGUAUGAACUUGAGGAGCAAGGGUACAUCAAACCUUGUUCCAAGAGCCACAGACAUCAGAGCUUUAGAGAGAGAGUGUACUAGAAAGAGAAGACAAGAAGAGCAACAGGCUCAACUGCAGCCACUGGAAGCUGCAAUGGAAGAACAACAAAAUCCUCAGAACCCCAAUGGACCUCAACAGCGACCAGCUCGCCCCAUUGGCACUUAUGACCGCCCCAACAUCCAUGGUCCUAGACUUGGAAUUCGAGCACCAGCUGUGGCUGCUAACAACUUUGAGAUCAAGUCAGGACUGCUAAACUGCAUAGAGAACAACAAGUAUCAUGGUCUGGCUGUGGAGGACCCAUUUGAUCACUUGGAUAAGUUUGACAGCUACUGUGGUAUGUCAAAGACUAAUGGUGUGUCAGAGGAUGCCUUAAAGCUCAAGCUAUUCCCUUUCUCUUUGGGGGAUAAGGCACGUCAGUGGGAGAAGUCUCUACCAAGUGACUCCAUCACCACUUGGGAAGACUGCAAAAGGGCAUUCUUGGAGAAGUUCUUCUCUACCUCAAGAACUGCUAAGUUGAGGAAUGAGAUCUCCAGCUUCCAACAGAAGAACUUGGAAGGAUUCAGUGAAGCUUGGGAGAGAUUCAAUGGUUACCAAGCUCAGUGCCCACACCAUGGAUUCUCUAAGGAGAGCUUGCUAAGCACAUUCUACAGAGGUGCUCUUCCUAUGUACAGAGCCAGACUGGAUACAGCUAGCAAUGGGUUCUUUUUGGGGAGAACUGAGGAAGAGGCAGAGGCUCUGGUUGACAACAUGGUUAAGAGUGAUGCAGUCUACAGUGGAGACCAUGACAGAAGCAGCAGAGGUGAUGACAAUCAAACAAGGAAUGAGAUAAAGGCUCUUCAGGAGAAGAUUGACAAACUCAUUGCUGAUAAGGCCACACAAGCACAGGUGAACUUUGUUGGCAACCCAAGCCAGGAGAUACCUCCUACUGUCAAUGAGGUUGAGGGUUUGGAAGGGCAAGAAGAAUUAUGUUUCAUCAACAGUAAUGGUAGCUGGUACAAGAAGGAACCCAACUUUCAGUACAACAACUACCAACAGAAGCCCUAUUCAAACAACCAGCAGAGUGGUUAUCAGCCUCGAAACAACCAGCAGAGCAACUAUCAGCCUCAGCAAAACUCCUCUCCUAGCUCCUCUGCCCCUCAACAGAGCAGCACUGAUGCCUUACUGAAACAGAUCUUGGAGUCUCAGACUAGAAGUGAGAAGCAUGUGGGCUAUGAGCUGAAGAACCUUCACUCCAAGAUUGAUGGGAGCUACAAUGAGCUCAACAACAAAUUCACCCACCUCGCUUCUUCUGUCAAGAAUUUGGAGAAUCAAUUUGCUUCCAUGAGCUCCCACCAGAACCGCCAGCAAGGAUCUCUACCUGGAAAGUCAGAUCAAAACCCCAAGGAAGCAAAAGCUGUCACACUUAGGAGUGGUAAGCAGUUGACUCCUGUAACUCUCACCAAGGAUGCUGAGAAACAAGGUGAGGAGGUGGCCAUCAACCUGGAUGAUGAAGUGGUCAUUGUUGAUGAGAAGACAGAUGCUGAGAUCUUGGAGAAGAUUGUGAAAGCCAAGGGUAAAGGAAAGGUUGGAGAAGAGAAGAAAACAACAAAAGAUGGUGAAUCUGCUGCUCCAGCAAGUGAGAGCUCUCCUGACCCCCCUCCCUAUGAACCAAAGCUUCCAUUCCCUGGUAGAUUCAAGAAGCAGCUGCUACAGAAGUACAAGGCUUUGUUUGAGAAGCAGAUGAGUGAAGCUCAAGUUACAAUGCCCAUCAUUGAUGCUUUCAUGCUGAUUCCUCAAUAUAGCAAACUCCUGAAAGAUGUUGUAGCUGCUAAGAAGAAAGAGAUGGAGGGCAUGAUGGUUCUGAGUCAUGAGUGCAAUGCCAUCAUUCAGAGGCUUGAUGCUCCAGAGAAGCUAGAGGAUCCAGGAUGCUUCACACUCCCUUGUGCUCUUGGACCUAUGGUAUUUGAGAAAUGUCUCUGCGAUUUGGGAGCUAGUGUCAGCUUGAUGCCUUUGUCUGUGGCAAAGAAGCUUGGCUUCACUCAAUACAAGAAGUGUAGACUCUCUCUGGUGUUGGCUGAUCGUUCAGUGAAGUACCCUGUGGGCAUCCUAGAGAACCUCCCUGUGAAGAUUGGAAGGUAUGAGAUACCUACAGAUUUUGUGGUGCUUGAAAUGGGUGAGGAGGCUCAAGACCCAUUGAUUCUUGGAAGGCCAUUCUUAGCUACAGCAGGAGCUAUUGUGAAUGUGAAGGAAGGGAAGAUUGACCUCCAUUUGGGCAAGGAGAACAUCCUCCACUUUGACAUCAAGGAGAAGAUGAGGAACCCCACUGUAUUUGGACAAGCCUUCACCAUUGAAGAGAUGAAUCUUUCUCCUGCUGAUGAUCUCUAUGAUGAGCUACCACCUGAGGAAGAUGGGGUGUCAACUCCACUUUCUGCCUCUAGUCCAGCCUGAUCCAAGGGAGGCAAAGUCAAGCUAGAGACUUAAAACAAGCUCACUUGGGAGGAAGUCCCAUGAGUAUCCUUGUAUAUAUUGCAUUAGUAUUUGCAUUAUCAUUCUAUUGCAUAGAACAAUUGGAAAAUGAAGUUGUUUGCAGGUGUGGAGCAGAAACUCGGACAUCAGAGCGAGGUCAUGGAGCGAGGGAGAGAAGUCGCUCCAGCUGGGAGCGACUUGCCCACAGCGACCCCCAGAGGUCGCUCGUGUCCUCCGGAGCGAAACUGACCAUGGAGCGAGGUCUCCGCAGCGACGUCACGAGGUCGCUCCAACUGGGAGCGACCUGCCGCAGCGACCCUUCAACCUCGCUCCCGUCUCAGGUAACUGCAAACUUCCCUUUUUCCAGUUUUUCUUUGUAUUUCACAUUUCCAUUGGGUACCUCACUCACACAGAGACUGUGUGAUUUAAGUGUGGGGGAGGUACCUAGUAUUUGAUCAUGUUUGUUUUCAUGAUUUUGAGUCUCAUGCAUUGCAUAUUACAUUCUUAUUUGCAUUAAAAAAAAAAAAAAAAAAAUUUGAAAAACACAAAAAGAAUCAUUUAGUUGCAUCAUUUGCAUUUUUAGGAUUGAGUCUAGAAGCAUAUAGGUUGCAUUCAUGCAUUAGGGGGAUUUCAACCUUGUAAAGAGCUCAUGCUAAGUACUGAAUUUGUUGACCUUUGUAAUCAUGACAAGUAGCUUGAGCACCCUUUGGAAAGCUUGUAAACUUCGCGCCUUGAAUGCUCCUCUUGAAACUCAUUUGACUGUUGAUACUCUCUCUUUGAAGCAAGCUCCUGUUUUAAUGUCUCUUGCAUAUGGUCUCUUGUGUACUAAGUCAUGGAUAUACACACUUGAGUUGUCCCAUCUGUUUUACCAAUCUUUUUGACAAACUCAAGUGGUACUCCACUCCCAAAACCCAUACCUCAUUUUUAAACCAUCAUUAUUUGUUGAGUGAGGCCUCUUUGGAAAGCUUUACAUGUGCAUAAUGUUGAGAGUAUUGGGAACGACAAUGCUUAGUCUCCAUUCUUGCUAGAUUAGUCACUCUAUUGUCUAGCUAUAGGAAGGGGGUGAGUGUUGUGAUUGUGAUUUGGGAAUAUGAAAGGUUUGACUCUUUGUGCUUAAAUGAUUAGUCUUUAUGGGAUAAGUUGAGAAGUAUCUAGCUCUUAUUGUGUAAAGUCUUGGCCCCCAAAUAAAAAAAAAAUAAAAAAAAAAAAAAAAAAAAAAAAAAAAGAAAAGAAAAAAAAAAGAAUAAAAAGGGGGCUAGCAAAGUUGUUAGGAGCUGAGAUUUGUUUUAAAAUUGUGAAAAAUCCCUUAUUGAUUUCAAAAAGAAAGAGUCUGAUGUGAAGAAUGUUCUUGGGAUCUUUUGGUGAGAGAUGUGAGUUGGGUUUGACAUUGAGGAAUGAUUGAAUAUCUUGUGUGUUUGGGAAAGGGUAGAACAAUGGAGAUUGAGCAUUGUAUGCAUGAGUUGAUCCCUUUCUUAGAUAUAUUAUGUGUAUUGUCAAAGCUACUUUGUUUUGAGAGUAAACCACCAUAAAAGAUCAUUUUGAACCUCUGACUUCACUUGCAUUAAAGCCUUUGUCUUACCAAAACCAAAUGACUUGGACCAGUUGACCAUUUGUGAGAUGUCUAUUGAGUUUGCUUCAUAAAUGUUAGAGAGAUGUGGAUUUGUGGUUUGUAGAUACAUGGUUAAUGAGUGUAGAGAUCAAAGGAGCUGAGAUAGGCCUAGAGAAGUUAGAGAUGGAUAAAAUCUUUGCUCUUGCUAUUUGGUAUGAUUAUGCAAGGUUGUUAGGUUGAGAACUAAGAAGAGUUUCUUUUGGUUGUGAGCCCCCAUUUUCAAACUUUUUCUCCUUGGUUCUUGAAAGUUUACUUGUGGACAAGUAAAGGACUAGUGUGGGGGAGUUGAUGUCUUGCAUAUUUGCACUGUUUUAACCAUUCAUUCAUAAGCAUUUUCAUCAUAUAGAAUAGGAUUUAGACAUGUUUAGGUUGCAUUUUGCAUGCAUAAGUCUCUAUUAGGUACUGAAGUGCCAAGUGAAGUUAUUGGAGACAUUUGGAUGUGUUUGGAGCUCAAAAGAGGUGAAAAAGGUAAUCAUUGGACGAGCAAAGCACCGGAGCGACCUUCCCGGAGCGACCCUACGGAGUCGCUGUGCCCCACCUCUCAGAGCGACCUUCCCAGAGCGAUAACUCCAAGUCGCUCGCGUUCUCAUCACUCGGAGACACGAAGAAACAAGGUCAGAGCGACCACCUCGGAGCGACGCCAUGAAGUCGCUCGCCUUUCUAUCGCUUCGGACAUCCGUAAAUCACCACGGAGCGACCCCGCAGAGCGACCACCCGAAGUCGCUCCCGAAGCCAGAGCGACCUCUCGGAGCGACUGGCCGAGGUCGCUCCGCGUUAUCAGUGCACGAUUUUAUUAUUUUCAAGGACCUUUUUGCAAUUUAUUGUGCACGUUUUUGCACUGAAAAACCUAAUGUUUAAGUACUCUUUGUAGCCACCAUUGGCAUAUGAUCUUUGAUCUAUUGAAUACACAAAAACUCUCUUAAGAAAA